CAUGGUGCUUACAGAGCGUGUGUAGAGCUUGUCAAAGAGAGUACACAGACAGUUUAUUAUUUAGUAAUGACGGAAGAGGACGCAUUCCCGCCCAUCAUUAGGCUUCAGGCUGAUGACACAACAGCAUUUCUUCGCGCUGCCCGAUCCGGCAAUCUUGAGAGAGUGGUCGAAUUCCUCGAUACCGAUUUAGAUAUUAAUACAGCCAACUCGAAUGGUUUAAAUGCCUUGCAUUUAGCCUCGAAGGAUGGCCAUGUCGAGAUAGUAACCGAGCUAUUGAAGAGAGGCGCAAAGGUAGACGCUGCGACGAAGAAGGGAAACACCGCGCUGCACAUAGCUUCGUUGGCUGGCCAGUGCGAAAUAGUCAAUAUACUUAUCCAGUACGGUGCUGCAGUUAACAUCCAGUCGCAAAAUGGAUUCACUCCUUUGUACAUGGCUGCCCAGGAGAAUCACGAUCAAGUCGUCAAGCUUUUGCUUAACAAUGGAGCCAAUCAGAGUCUCGCGACGGAGGAUGGUUUUACACCGCUUGCCGUGGCGAUGCAGCAAGGUCACGACAAGGUCGUCAGCGUGCUCCUGGAAAAUGAUUCCAAAGGCAAGGUUAGACUGCCGGCCCUUCAUAUUGCUGCUAAAAAGGACGAUUGCAAAGCCGCCGACUUGCUCUUGCAGAACGACCAUAAGCCCGACGUGACAUCGAAGAGCGGCUUCACCCCUCUUCACAUCGCCGCUCAUUAUGGGAACGAGGAAAUAGCGCGGUUAUUAAUAAAACGAGGAGCCGAUGUAAAUUACUUAGCUAAGCAUAAUAUAAGCCCGCUACACGUGGCGGCAAAAUGGGGCAAGAACAAUAUGGUUAAGAUACUGUUAGAGAACUCGGCGCAAAUCGACGCUAAGACCAGAGAUGGCCUGACUCCGCUUCAUUGUGCAGCGCGAUCGGGACACGAACAGGUCGUCAGCACGUUACUCGAGAAUUCAGCGCCGAUCAGUGCACGUACCAAGAAUGGGCUCGCACCUCUACACAUGGCCUCUCAAGGGGACCACGUGGACGCCGCGAGGGUGCUGUUGUAUCAUCGCGCUCCGGUGGAUGAGGUGACCAUCGAUUACCUGACCUCACUCCACGUCGCCGCGCACUGCGGCCACGUGAGGGUCGCCAAGUUGUUGCUCGAUCGAAAAGCCGAUCCGAACGCGAGGGCCUUGAACGGCUUCACGCCCCUUCAUAUCGCCUGCAAGAAGAAUCGCAUCAAGGUCGUGGAGCUGCUGCUGAAACACGGGGCGUCCAUCGAGUCCACCACCGAGUCCGGACUGACUCCAUUACACGUGGCCAGUUUUAUGGGGUGUAUGAAUAUCGUGAUAUUCCUACUGCAGCAUGAGGCCAAUCCCGACGUGCCGACUGUCAGGGGCGAAACACCCCUGCAUCUGGCAGCUAGAGCUAAUCAAACAGACAUUAUACGAAUUUUGCUAAGAAAUGGUGCCAAAGUCGAUGCUCGUGCAAGGGAGCAGCAGACGCCGCUUCAUAUCGCGUCCCGAUUAGGGAAUAUCGACAUUGUUAUGCUGCUGCUGCAACACGGCGCGGCUGUAGACACCGCCACGAAAGAUAUGUACACGGCCCUUCAUAUCGCGGCUAAGGAGGGUCAAGAGGAGGUGGCGGCGAUUCUCGUGGAGAACAAUGCUUCUCUCAAGGCUGCAACGAAAAACGGCUUCACACCUUUACAUAUCGCGGCUAAAUACGGAAAUAUGAACGUCGCAAAUAUACUCUUGCAAAAGCAAAGUAAACUUGAUGUUCAGGGAAAGAACGAUAUCACGCCUUUGCAUUUGGCGUGCCAUUACGAUCAUCCUAACGUCGCGAAUCUCUUGUUAGAAAAGGGAGCGUCGUCUCAUCUUGCUACGCAAAACGGACACACUCCGCUACAUAUCGCUGCUCGUAAAAAUCAGAUGGACAUCGCUUCCACUCUUUUGGAAAAUGGAGCAAAUGCGAACGCGGAGUCCAAAGCAGGUUUCACCCCGUUGCAUCUGAGUGCGCAGAAGGGCCAUUACGAUAUGACGAAUUUGCUAAUUGAACACGGCGCCGAUCCCAAUUAUAAAGCCAAGAACGGUCUCACGGCGUUGCAUCUAUGCGCGCAAGAGGAUUUCAUCAGGGUAGCCUCUAUCCUGGUGAAGAACGGGGCCAACGUUGAGAGCCAGACAGAGACUGGUUACAGACCGAUACACGUGGCCGCGCACUUUGGGAAUCUAUCGAUGAUACGCUUUCUGCUGAAACAUAACGCUGAAAUAGAUGUCAGAACUAAUCAGAAUUACACUUCGCUUCAUCAGGCCGCCCAACAGGGUCACGCUCAUAUCGUUUCCGCUUUGCUGGAGGGAAAUGCUUCACAUAAAGCGCGCACUAACGAUGGUUUAACGGCGCUGAAUAUAGCACAAAAAUUAGGAUAUAUUUCUGUGAUGGAAGUGCUAAAAGGAUUGCCUUACGACAGUGCAACUCCGGAUAACAAAAACUGGGAGGAGAAGUACAAAGUGAUAGCUCCCGAGAGCUUGCAGGAGACGAGCUUUAUGUCCGAUUCGGAUGACGAGGGCGGUUCUGACGCGUUAAUUAGCGAACAGCCUUAUCGAUAUCUCACGGCGGACCUGAUGAAGAGUCUGAGGGAUGAUUCGUUACCCAUUGACGUUACUAGAGAUGACCCGGUACACAGACCAAUUACCAAAGAAGAGAAGCAACAAUUCGUGCAAAGCAAUAAUUACUGUUUAGCAGAAAAUUUUGAUAGCACCGACGCUAUUAAUCUAGGGAAGCUGCAUUUCAGAUCAUUUUUAAUAAGCUUCCUAGUGGACGCACGUGGCGGUACCAUGAAAGGAUGCAGACACAGCGGUGUCCGCAUCAUUAUACCGCCUCGAAGAGCAACGAUGCCGAUUCGCGUAACAUGUAGACUGCUAAAAUUAAACAAGGUGGCGAAUCCGCCCCCUUUGAUGGAAGGGGAGGCCCUUGCUACGCGAAUUAUCGAGAUGGGCCCGGUGGGGGCGAGAUUUUUAGGACCCGUCUUGAUCGACAUACCGAAUUUUGCGUCCGUUAGCGGGAAAGAAAGGGAAAUUAUUAUUCUGCGGAGCGAGAAUGGGGAAACGUGGAAGGAGCACGAUAAUUCUGCGGAUAAUGACGAUACUCUCCUCAAUACACCUUAUGAUCCUCAAAUGAGCGCCUCACAUUCUGGCAGGAUUACUCGGAUAAUCACUACGGAUUUUCCGCAAUAUUUCGCUAUUGUGACCAGAAUUAAACAAGAGGUUCACGUUAUCGGUGCGGAGGGUGGUAUUUUGAUAUCCAGCGUGGCGAGUCACGUGCAGGCCGUUUUCCCCGCGGGAGCGCUAACGAAAAAGAUCAAAGUCGGCUUGCAGGCGCACGUUAUUCCUGCUGAACUCACGGCCAAAUUACUCGGCAAUUGCGUCGCCGUAUCGCCAGUGAUCACGAUCGAACCCAGAAGGCGAAAGUUCCACAAACCGAUAACCCUUACGAUUCCUGUCCCGCAGGCCGCAAACAAGGGGAUGAUCAAUCAGUAUGGUGGGGAGACUCCUACGUUGCGUCUUCUAUGCAGCAUUGCGGGUGGAACUAACGAAUCACAAUGGGAAGACGUUACGGGUUCCACGCCAUUAACUUUUAUGAACGAUAGGGUGUCGUUUACCACUACAGUUUCAGCCAGAUUUUGGUUGAUGGAUUGCAGAAAUAUCGGCGCGGUGCCGAAAAUGGCAACGGAAUUGUAUAUGGAAUCCUUACACGUGCCGUAUAUAACGAAUUUCAUAAUUUAUUCGAAGAGGAUGGACGUAUUGGAAGCCACAUUGAGGAUAUUGUGCAUGACGGACGGCAAGGAAGGCAUGCACACUUUGGAGAGGCAAGAGGAAUUCACAGAAAUCGUUAAGAGUCGCGAUGUUGAGGCACUCGACGGGAAAGAUCUUUAUAUCGAGUUUAGUGGAAAUUUAGUGCCAGUAACAAAGUCCGGAGUGCAAUUAAAGUUCACGUUCAAGGCUUUCCGACAGAAUCGAUUGUCGUUCCAUGUUAAAGUAAAGGAUCCAUUACUGGAUCCGGUAGCGAGGAUGUUAUUCAUGAGAGAGCCAAAAGUUGCUAAAGGGGAACCACCUCAGCAGCCUAUUUGUGUGUUAAAUAUUGUCCUUCCCGAAACUAUUAUUAAAGACGCGAUGCAGAAGAAAUUAAAAGGUUACGAAGAUUCUAAUAUCAUAAAUCAAAAACUAGAUUAUUACAAAUCAAAGUACAAAAUGGAACAAAUGGAGAAAACUGACACUCCUAAAGAAACGUCGCCAUCGGAAAAGAAAUUCAUAACCGACACGUUACAAAAGGAACAAACAGAUGCCGCUAUCCACGAAUCCUUUGCACAAAAAGCGGCUUGUCCCCUAGAAUCCGUAGAUGCUAGUUAUCCCAAUAAAGUAGGCGCCGGUCAAUCGGAAUCGGAUCUAUCGCCUGAACUUGAAAGGCAAACGUACUCGGAGAAGCGCAAAUUCUGGGAGGAUAUCUCGAGGAAACGCGAAAGUUAUCAGCGUUCCGAAUCCGAAGUCUCAAGGGCCUCCCAAUUGACCAUCAACGAGAGCGACAGCGAGUCGUGCCUGCCGAACAUCGUGUCCGAGGAAGGUGACGGGACGACAGAGGGUAUUUCAGACGUCAUGAGAUCGGAGACCAUCGAGGACAUCAAUCUGCCGGACAUCUCGGAGUGCUCGGUGGCGGAGAAGGCGCAUUAUUUCGAGGAGCAGAUACAAAAGGAGAUGAAGGAGGCAAAGAGCACGCCAAGGUUGCAGCAGCAAGAUUCCGUCAAGUCCGAGAAGGAUAAGCUGUCUCUCUUCAAGGGUAAGUCAAUCGACGAUCAGAAGAGUCGCGUGGAAAAGGAUGAGAUAAAAAAGGACAUUGAUAUCGAGGAGAAGCACGUGGCGGAAUCGAGGGAGAUCGAGAAAAUUUUGAAAACUGCUACGGAGGAUACGAAGUGGACGAAAAAAACGUGGAAAGAGCCGAAAGAUAUCGAUAAAAGGGAAAAGGAUACAGAUGAAGAUAAAGGUAUACGCGAGGAAGUUCAGAAGAUAGUAACUCAACCAGUGAUGGAGAUUUGCAAAGAGUUAUUGAAUAAGGAAAGAGAGCUCGCUGAGGAAACGCAAUCGUUGAAAUAUACGAAGGAAAUAUUAUUGCAAACUGAUGAGCCGAAGGACGAAACAAUAAUACGAAGAGAAUCAAGAGAAAUGAAAGACAUAAAAAAACCAGAAGAAGUAAUAGAUGUUAAGACAAUCUCGACAGACACGGAAACAAAAGAAGUAAAAAUACAUCCUGAAGAAAUUAUAACAGAACACAAAGGAAAAGAAGAUAUUCAGCAGCAAAUUGAAAAAGAAGUUAAAGAAGAAAUUGCAGAACCAAUAAAAACGCUCCAGGAAGAGAUUUAUAUUUCGGAUACAAUGCCAGAUGUUUCAACAUACACCGCGAGAACUACUGGGGUUAUAAAAGAGAUAAGGAAACCGGAUGUAUCCACGGAUAUCGUUCAAGAAAUCGUACAAGAGCCAAGACCGGAAACACCACUGAGCAAAGAGAUUAAGGAGAAGAUGUCCGGAAGGCGAAUAAUAACAGAGGAGACAACAAUUAUCUAUACAGUGCAGAAAGACGGAACUCUGGUACAGGAACAGGUCCUUAAAUCAGUGCAAAUAGAAGGUGAGAACGGUAAACCAGUUACACAGAUCCCGGAAGUUAGUAUGGAAACAAAGAUGUUCGAGAGUUUACCGGAUACAGAUGAGAUUGAGAAAUUACGAACGGAUAAGAUCGAAGAAAAAGAUAAAACACUCGAAGAAAAAUUAUCGAUCAAAGGAGAAGCGUUGCAGAAAGUGGAAGAGAUAAUUGCUAAACAAGCGGCUGACAUUAAUCUCGAAAAAGAGACAAAACCUACCAUUGAUACGGAGAUUAAACAGAUAAAAAGAGAAUCUCGCAUACCGAUUUCCACAUCAAUGGUCGAAAAGGAUAAAAAUCAUAAAGAAGCAAAAGAUAAAACGUCAUUGGAUAAACCUGAGGAAAAAUCGGUAAAAAGUCCAAUCGCGGAAGCGGAAAAGGACGUUGUUUCACCGUCGAGCAAGAAAAAGGAGUUUGAGUCUCGCAUACCUAAACGCAUUAUAGAAAAUGCGAAAGAAAAGGACACGAAGAAAGAUCUGCCGGGACAAAAGAAUGGUGAGACUAUCACAGUCACCGAGAAAAAAUCUAGUGAGGAGGUCACUUCGCGGCAUGAAGAACGCUCGACCACGAAGAGCAAGACGCAAACGUUUUCCAAGACCUUCACUGAUCCGCAGGAUGCAUUCAAGAUGUUUGAAGAUAUAAGCGCCAUGAAGGACAAAGAUUUUGCUACAGUCACUUCGAAGGUCGACACUAAGGCUACAAGUAAGAUUGAGAAGAAAGAAGUACUUUCGUCGGAGAUCUCUAGCGGAGCGGAUAAAUUCAUAACUCACGAGGAGAAGGAAAAAGUGGAAAGGAAGAAAUCUUCGGAAUCUAAGCUAACUAAGGAGUCACCGGCUGAGACGAUAGAGGAGAAGAAAAGCAAGAGCGAGGAGGUGGACAAAACCGCUGUACAGAAAAUGUCGAUGAACGUUACGGAAGGUAAGGAAGUGAUAGAUGCCAGCGCUUUCGAAUCCAGGGCAGAGAGUAAGAAAGAAGAAUUGUUUAAAUUGUUGGAGGACAAAGAGGGAAUUGCGACGGAGAAAUCUGGAACUAGUAGGAUCAGAGAAAGCGACGUAGAUGUCGCAAUCAGAAUUAGAAAAGACGAUACAAAGGAAGUAGAGGACAUUAAGGAGCCACCAAAAGCUGCUACAGAGGAUAAAAUAGGGAAAGUUGAAAUGAUUGCGCAAGGACAAUCUUACAAAGAGAAUUUGGAAAGUUUUAAAGUUGAAGAGUUUGUACCCAGCCAAAAGUACAAGGCGGAUUCGAGUGAGAAAACUGAAGAAGACAGACAACCUCAGAGUAAAAAAGUUCCGGAAUCUUUGGAGGAGAAAGAGAAAUUGAUUGCUAAGGAAAUAGAAGCGCGGAAUAUAGCGGAGAAUUUGAUACAAUCAAUUGAGAACGAGAUCGAGAGAAGAUCAUCAACAUCGGGAUUAAAGCCUCAAAUGUUGAAUAGAGAAUAUCUCGAUCAAUUGAUUUCCGAGAGUAGCGAUGCUGAUCACGAGAAACUGGCUGAUGACCUGACAAAAAAAUUUGAAAGUAUAAUAAAGAAGUCUUUGGACGAACAACUUCCAGAAAGCAAAGCGGAUCAUCCAAUUACGGACGCAGCGCAAUUGAAAACAUUCAUACAAGAAGAAUCAUUCGAGAAAGGUUCUACUAGAGACAGUAUAAGCGAAGAUAUAACAAAAGACGAAGAAUCAUCGCCGCAUGAUCGAGAAGAAAGCUUGCCAUCUUCGCAAGCUAAACUUCAAGAUAGAGACAUCACUAUGAGUCCCAGCAGUAUAUCCGAGCAGAUCGAACUCGAAGAGACUAUCGAUGUCGACACUGGAGAACUGGAGGACUUAUCUAAACCUACGUCUAGUCCGCAAUCUGAAAAACUUCGUUCUGAUAGAUCGAGUGGUCAUAUCGAACCGCUUCAGAAAGACUUAUAUAGCGAUACUACUCUUUCAAAAGAUAAGAUAGUGUCGGAAAUCUCGGGCGCUAGGGUGUUAGAGAUCUUGGAGCCGAGCGUUGACAGCCGUCAAGAUUCGGUCGACAUGCCAUCUUUGGAGCUGGACGAGCACAAAGUGUCCGAACAAACUAGCAGGGACGUAGCAUCUUUGCACGAGAGCGUGGCAGUGGAUUCUUUGGAAAAGAUCGCACGCGAAAAAGACGCGACUGUUAGUUCUAGCACGGUGUCUGAAGACGUCAUUGUAGACUAUCCUCCGAUCCAUGAGUAUGCAUCUUCUGUAACUAUAUCGUCGAGAGAGGGGACAUACGACGUAGGGGAUAGACGAAGAGCAGAUAGUUUUGAAAUUGAAAGCCCGCCGUUGGUUUCACCGAGAACAAAGCUCGUGCACGAUCUGGAAAUCAAGCCAGUUAACUGGAUGAUUGGCGACGAAAAAAUCGAGAUAUCGGAAACUUUGCAACCUUCUCAGGUAUUCAAUCAGGAGUUGGAAGAAUACGAGUCAUCUGUACGACGUGCUCGCGCUUCCUCUCAGGACGAGUCUGUGGAUUUAGAGCAAGAGUCCGUGACCAAAUCUUCGGAGGAUAUUAGUGUGAUCGAGUCUGUUAAAGAAUCCGUUACUAGUAGUGAUGUUAAUGUGACUAUCACAACUACUACGACUACUAAGACUACAAAGUUUACCGUGAUUCCAGUGACCGAACCAGCGGUCGAGUCGAUAACCGAACCGGACUUCGACAGCGAAUUGAUAGAAGAUAAAUUAGAUAUCACUUGUCAAGAAUUGGUCGAUACUCUGCAACGAGAAUAUGAUGCUAAGACGCCGACAGAAGAAGUCGGUAUACGUCAAUCCAUAUCUCGCGAGAAUUUUGAUCUGGAAACGAGUAUUACCGAAGCUGUCACGGAAGAGAUACCUAUGAAAGAAGAGGAAAUAAAAGAAUUAACUGAAUAUAUACCUGCAAAAAUUAUGGAGAUUAAACUUCAAGAAGCAUAUACAGAGGCUCGUCAACAAGACAUUUCUGCGGUGCAAGUAGAAACUACCAAGAUGAGUGACGCUAGUAAAGUGUCUACGAUAAAGGAAGAAAUAAGAGACUCUGCUCGGCGUAUCGUAGCUGACGAAGCACAGAAACAGCAAGAUAUUGACUCUGCAUAUAAAAAAGUAGAAGAAUUGGAAGUUAAAGAAGAGAUAAAAACAAUUGUGGAAACUGAGAAAGAUUCCAAAAAACAGGAAGUAUCAAAAUGUGCAAGAGUUGACGACGUGCUGAAAGAAUGGACAGAGACUUAUCUGACGAAGAUCAAACCUCCUAGCGAGGAAUAUAAACGACAUAUGGAAAAAACCACCGAUAAACACGAUAAACCCAGCAAGUCGACGGCGCCUUCCUCCGAUACUUGUGCCUUUAAAAUAAAGAAAGACGAUCUACAGAGCGUCGAUCUGAGCGCGCGGUACGCAAUAACGGUGUUGGAUCAAGUGGUAAAGAAAGAGAUUGCCGAAGUAAAGGAGUCCUUGGAAGCGGCUAGGCAAGAUUUAAUAGAGGAGCUGAGUGAAAACAGCCAGACUGUGAUUCAGAUCAAAGAUUCGCCUUCAGAAUUUCAGUUCAAACUCCAGCCAGAAUCAAUUCCGAAUGAUUUACCGUUUUUGUACAAACCACCGUCCAUUGAACAUGUUCCUGCGGAGGCUGAACCGGAAGCCGAGACUGAAACUACUGCGCAGAGCGAAUCAUUAGUCAUAAAAACUCAAGAACUCGAGGAGACAAAACAAGAAGAAACGCGAGACGCUAUCGAUGACUUGUCCAUCGUUCAAGCAGCCGCAAUCGCCGAAGACAAAUCAUCCGUUAUAGUCAAGGCACCUGAAAUUGAUAUCGAAAAGCACGAAGAAGAAAAGGAGACUGUAAUAACCGUUCAGGAUGACCAACAAGAAGAUGAAGAAGAGGGUCGUCCCAGUCCACUUCCUAUUAGUAGAUCAUCGGAUAUCAGCUCGGACAUUGACAAUAGAGACGAUAGCUAUUCUUUGACGCCUCAUCCGGUGCCCAGAAGACGUCAUAAGCCGACCAGAAUGUCAAAGAAAGUAAAAACUUCUGAGAGUGAGGCUGACGUCGGUUCGAGUUCCGGCGAGAGCAGCAACUAUCAGUCCUGCGAGUACGAAAGCGGAAGUAGACCUAGUUCGUCCGACGUCGAGGCGAUGCAAUCCGCCGCGGGUGGCGUGCAAUCUGGGACUGCUUCGGAAUAUGAGACGGCAAUGAUGUCGGUUGAGCACGAGAGUUCAAGGACAUUACCUACAUCGCAAGAGUAUCAGACCGCAGUGACUUCAAUGAGCUCCCGCGAAUCUAUGCUGCAUUUGAAUUCCCUUAGCUCGGGUCAUCUCGGCAGUAUUGAUAGCACUAGCGAGUUGUCAGAAACGCUGGUACCAUCCGAGGAAGCGGAUGACGAUGGGGAAGAAAUAGACGAAAACCUGGAAAGUGCACUGGAUGCGGAGCAGGAACUCGAGGCAUCGGAUUCCUCUGGUAGCGAAGAGAUACCGAUGGACGAAACUGUGGACAAAAUCGAUAGUCAUAUACCGUGUCGCAUGAAACGCUCGUCCGAAAUGAUCUUCCAACAAAUUAUGGAUGAUAACGUUAGUUUGGAAGCGGAGUCUGUGGACGAGGUAUUGGAGGAGAAUCAGGCUAAAGUUACGGACUCGGCCACAUCCACUUCUAUGGAAGCGCCUGGUGCUCUUCAGUCAGUUGAUAUAAUGACAUCACGAGUGUCCGAAGAUGGGAUUCAAAGCGUGUGUACACAGGUAAUCUCGACGCGGGUCACCAGGCCCAGUGAUAGCGAAGAGCUCGAGGAUUUGGAAGGCGAGGAAGAUUUAGAGGCGGAGAAAGACAUGGAAACAGCGGACAUGGAAGAUCUGAAACAGAGGUCAGACCUGGAGGAAACUGCCGGGGACGAAAGUGUUGAACCGGUAAUGCAAACAACAUCCGUCCACUCGAUGCUGCAGCAAGCCAGCAUGUCUCUAUCUUCGGCAUCGGGAAUGUCCUUUGAUACAGUUAUAGAGAAGGAUAGAUCCGAGCGUCACUCGCCCGACAGUGAUUCGUUCGAGUUCAUAGACAAGCCCGACAUCAUCGACGACUUCGUGGUGAUCGAGGAGGUCGGACGAGAGGCAGAGGAGUUCGACUCCGAGGGCAAGAGUAUUCGUAUUAGCUCGAUACCUCAAACAUCCGGCAAGCAAUACGAUCGUGAUCUGGAAAAUCUGAUAACGGAGAACAAAGAGGAACAGAUAUCGACGAGUCAGGCCUCCAAGAACAACGAUCUGUUUGACUUUGACACCGAAGAGAGUCCGCCCCAGGCGUCCAACGAUGAUCAAUCUCAGUCCUACUCCGACGACGAGCAAUACGAGGGCAAGAAGUGGAUAGAGAUGCAAUUCCAGGCGGACGCGCGAGUCUACGAUAUCGAGUACGAUCGUGGACCGCUCGAGGAUAUCAAGGAGGAGGAGAUUACGGAUUUUGAAGCGGGCAGUAGCAGGAUAGGCAGUUUAGGCAGCCAUAAAGAGUCUAUAGGCAGCGUGGGAAGUAUGCGCGGCAGCUUCGGCAGCACACCGGAUUACGAUAUCCUCGGGAAGAAAUACUUUAACAAAUCUGUAGAUCACGAGACCGCGUCCUUGACCUCUCUGCAGGAAUUCGAGCACUUGGAGAGUACCGUGGCGUCCGAGAACUCGCGAAGACUUCAAUGCGGCUCGCAGGAUUCCGUCAACAAUGGCAGUCUUCCGAGAAGAUACAUGACCGGUCGCUCGGGUCACGGCGACGAUAUCUCGUUAUCCUCGUUGAAGGACUUCGAGGGCCUUGAGAAAGCUUGCCGGGAGGCUCAUCUGAUGGAGCUGCGGGCCCGCGAGGAGGAGGAACUGCUGGAACACGAGAGUCCGGAGAACAAGUAUAAAAUGGAGAAUCUUCCGCGUUCGAGGACGGAUACCAGCGUGACCGGUUCGUUCAAUCCUAGUACUUCCGGAUCGGACGAUUACGAGAAGAGGAUAAAGGAGAUCGACGAGAUAAUACGGAUCGCGCAGUCCAACGUGGAGAAACUCGAUCGGCAGGACGACACCACGGAGGACAUCUCGCAGAUCGAGAUCACCGAUGCCGAGAGAGUCAUCGGGAUCCAACCGGUUCCGGAAACACUUCCGGAGGAGACGGAAGAAUCUGACGAGACACGAGCGAUACAGAGAGAGAGCAAUGUCAUGGUGACCAGCACGGAUUCCUUAGAACUGGAGGAGAACGCGGAGAAGAAAUACCAUCCGUUGUGUCGAAGCUCCGACUCCCUCGAGAUGAAGACGACCUUGGACUUUCCGUCCCUCAGCUCGGACUCGUUGAACAACGUGAAGGAUGCGAAGGAAACGCCGUCGGACGCUGCCGGACAAUUUUCCGGCAGCGCGAGACGCAUCUCUUCAGAUUCUCUCGAAAUGAAUUUGUUGGAGCAACAGGAUGUUGGGGCGUCCGAGAGAAGCAGCGACAGCAACGGCCAUCGCGUGGAGGAAGAAAUGGCCGACAGCUCUGUCAGACAAGCACCUUUGACGGAGACUGACGCGAGAAAUGGCAAAACGAAAACAUCAUCAAGUAGCGGUACAUAGGAUAAUUCUCGUAGAUAGCGGACCAUCAGGAAGGACUUUUGCCACGACUUCAUAAAUAUAUUAUCGAAUAACUCGAGACAGCUUUACAUGUAAAACGAUAUUAAAUAUUGUAUAAUGUACUAAAGAACUUGUGCAUUGUGGAUAUACAAGAAUACCAUUGCAUUUAUCUUUGUUUUACGUGAUGUCUUCUAAAAAAAAAAAAAAAAAAACAAUUUAUAAUAUGCUUAAAUUAAAAGAUAGUUGCUAUCUUCAAGAUAUAAUAUUGUUGAGCGCGCGGGAUAAGAAAGCGAUGAGUGGGCUUGCUUGUUUUUAAUUAUUAAAUUUGAACGGACGUUUGUUGCAUAAAUUCUUGUUCUCUGUUUAUAUUUGAGAGAAAAUGCGAACUAUCUCUCGCUUAACUAUUUUCGAGCUCUUUUAUCGCGGAUAUUGAGUUGCAUUUAUCGAACGUAUGUUGUCAAGUGCUACUUAUACAUGUUUCUAUGCAUGUAUUAUAAUGCGCACGACAUUAUACUAUUGUAACGUGUUUUAUAACGUCUUUCGAUUACGAGAUGUCUUUGUGAAUGCGCUUUUUCGUAAAAUUUUAUAAUAUAUUUGAUGUAUGUACUCUUUGUAAUGAUUUCAAGCGACACUUUUGCGAAAUUCAAAGAUACAAUAAAGCUAGCUGUAGCGCAUGUUUACAUAAAGGAGAACAGAUACAUAUAUUAUAUCUAAAUAGAAAAUUUUAUAUGCGAAUAUAAUAUUUAGGACACAUAUGUAACAAUUUACGGAAGGCAGCGAGAGAUACAUACAUUUCUGUUUAAACGAUUUAAUAAUUGUUUCGUACUUUAUCGUAUUUUUUUUUCUUUUUUUAUUAUAUAAACGCAGAAUUACACAAUGUUAUCAAUUAUGUUUACACAUGUAUUGUAUAUUAUUACGAGUUAAUAAUGUCAAUUGAAGAAAAAAGAAUUGUUUCCUUAUGACGAUGAAAAUAUACAUCUAUGCACUAUCCGAAA